GCGUGGGGCGUAGCAAGGGACGGAAGCUCUGCCGGCACGACCGCUGCCCACCCGAGCCUAUCUGGGCUGCGUCUUGCCGCCGCUGCUCUUCGUGGCCCAACGCCCCAAUCCUUGCCUGUCCUUGCAGUCCCACCCCACACUCAGCCUUGUGUCCCUCGAUCCGGUCUCCGACUUCCAUUUCCCACCCUAAACCGCCUACUCAGUGUCUGUUCCCCGCCCCGUUGUCCUCGCCCUGCUGCGCUGAGGGUGCCCUGUUAGCCUCGACCCCAUGGCGCUGCAGACGCUGCAGAGCUCGUGGGUGACCUUCCGCAAGAUCCUGUCUCAUUUCCCCGAGGAGCUGAGUCUGGCUUUCGUCUACGGCUCCGGGGUGUACCGCCAGGCAGGGCCCAGUUCAGACCAGAAGAAUGCUAUGCUGGACUUUGUGUUCACAGUAGAUGACCCUGUCGCAUGGCAUUCAAAGAACCUGAAGAAAAAUUGGAGCCACUACUCUUUCCUAAAAGUUUUAGGGCCCAAGAUUAUCACAUCCAUCCAGAAUAACUAUGGCGCUGGAGUUUACUACAAUUCAUUGAUCAUGUGUAAUGGUAGGCUUAUCAAAUAUGGAGUUAUUAGCACUAAUGUUCUGAUUGAAGAUCUCCUCAACUGGAAUAACUUAUACAUUGCUGGACGACUCCAAAAACCGGUGAAAAUUAUCUCAAUGAACGAGGAUGUCACUCUUAGAUCAGCCCUCGAUAGAAAUCUGAAGAGUGCUGUGACCGCUGCUUUCCUCAUGCUGCCCGAAAGCUUUUCUGAAGAAGACCUCUUCGUAGAGAUUGCUGGUCUCUCCUAUUCAGGUGACUUUCGGAUGGUGGUUGGAGAAGAUAAAACAAAAGUGUUGAAUAUUGUGAAGCCCAAUAUAGCCCACUUUCGAGAGCUCUAUGGCAGCAUACUACAGGAGAAUCCUCAAGUGGUGUAUAAAAGCCAGCAAGGCUGGCUGGAGAUAGAUAAAAGCCCAGAAGGACAGUUCACUCAGCUGAUGACAUUGCCCAAAAGCUUACAGCAACAGAUAAAUCAUAUUAUGGACCCUCCUGGAAAAAACAGAGAUGUGGAAGAAACUUUAUUCCAAGUGGCUCAUGAUCCCGACUGUGGAGAUGUGGUGCGACUAGGGCUUUCAGCAAUCGUGAGACCAUCUAGUAUAAGACAGAGCACGAAAGGCAUUUUUACUGCUGUGUUAGCAUCGUGCCGAGGCUGGCUUUGCUCUGUCAUGAGACUGCUGGCAGCAGCUUCAAGGGCUGUGUGCUUCCAAAUCACAAUUGGGAGCCACAGAGAAGACUCCUUUCAGAUGGCGUCUUAGAAAAGCAAGAAACCUUCCCAACAGCCCCUAGCAAGCCUCUCUUUGGUUUCACGGACGCUGAUUGGGUGACGUGCCCAUCCCAGGGCCAGUUAAUGGACAAAGGAUGGAACUAAGCUGAUAGGCUCAGGCCUGAGCCACCAGCCCCAGCCCAAGAGGUAACUUCCCUCCCCUCGGGCUCACAAGCUUCAGAGAAGGAGUAAACACUUAAAUGGGAAUUGAGGAGGAAGGGCUGUUGGGAAGCAACCACCUCCUCCCACCUCAUCCACCUAACAAGCCAUACGAAUCUAUCUGAUUGAACCUCAGCUUGUCUUUUUUUCCUGCAAAUCGUCUUUGUCCCACCUCACACUCUGUAUUUCCAUUGCCAAGUAUUCUAGUGCAGACCCGUAGGCUCUCUUGUACAUUUGAACAAUCCCUUGUCUACUUAUUUUUUGUUUACUAUUGAGUUCAGCUCAUUCUAACCCAUAGCAUAGUGAAGAGUGCAGACUUCAGAUUCAGCCAAACUGAGUUACAUCUCAUCCCCACUACUAACCAGCUAUG